GCCGAGAGGAGGGGGCUGGAAGACUGAGACGCCUCCAGCCUGAAGGGGCCGGCGGUUUGGCCACAGCAGCCCCGGACUAGCUAGCUUGUACCUUCGUGGCUAAGUGAAUGGGAUGGAGCCGGGACCGUCUGGCGCUGUGCCCUUGGGGGCCUUUCCCCCACCCCUGCAGCAGGUGUUUCAUGCCCCCCGGCGGCCGGGCAUGGGCACCGUGGGCAAGCCCAUUAAGCUGCUGGCCAACUACUUUGAAGUGGAAAUCCCAAAGAUGGACGUCUAUCACUAUGAGGUGGACAUUAAGCCUGACAAGUGCCCACGGCGAGUCAACAGAGAGGUGGUGGAGUACAUGGUUCAACAUUUCAAGCCCCAGCUCUUUGGUGACAGGAAGCCAGUUUAUGAUGGCAAGAAGAAUAUUUACACCGUCUUAGCACUUCCUAUUGGGAGUGAAAAGGUGGAUUUUGAGGUAACUAUCCCUGGUGAGGGGAAAGAUCGAAUCUUUAAAGUUUCCAUCCGCUGGUUGGCCAAAGUGUCAUGGAGGCUGCUACAGGAAACUCUUGUCAGUGGUCGACUGCAAGUCCCCCUUGACUCAGUUCAAGCCUUGGAUGUGGCUAUGCGCCACUUGGCCUCUAUGAGGUACACUCCAGUGGGUCGGUCCUUCUUCUCCCCACCUGAAGGAUACUACCACCCACUUGGUGGGGGGAGGGAGGUCUGGUUUGGCUUCCAUCAGUCUGUGCGUCCCGCCAUGUGGAAGAUGAUGCUUAACAUUGAUGUGUCUGCCACGGCCUUCUACAAAGCCCAGCCUGUAAUUGAGUUCAUGUGUGAGGUUUUGGACAUUCGCAACAUUGAUGAGCAGCCCAAGACCCUUACAGACUCACAGAGGGUUCGCUUCACAAAGGAAAUUAAAGGCCUGAAGGUCGAGGUGACACACUGUGGGCAAAUGAAGAGAAAAUAUCGUGUAUGCAAUGUCACCAGACGUCCUGCCAGCCAUCAAACGUUUCCCCUUCAGCUUGAAAGUGGGCAGACGGUAGAAUGUACAGUGGCCCAGUACUUCAAGCAGAAGUACAACUUGCAGCUUAAAUACCCCCACCUACCUUGUUUACAAGUUGGGCAGGAGCAAAAACACACCUACCUGCCACUGGAGGUGUGUAACAUUGUAGCGGGUCAGCGGUGCAUUAAAAAGCUGACGGAUAAUCAGACCUCCACUAUGAUUAAAGCCACAGCUCGCUCUGCGCCCGACAGGCAGGAGGAGAUCAGCAGGCUGAUGAAGAACGCUAACUUCAACCUAGACCCAUACAUCCAGGAGUUUGGGAUCAAGGUGAAGGAUGACAUGGCUGAAGUGACAGGCAGGGUGCUGCCAGCUCCCAUUCUACAGUAUGGCGGACGGAACCGGGCUAUCGCGACUCCCAACCAGGGAGUUUGGGACAUGAGGGGGAAGCAGUUUUACAAUGGCAUUGAGAUCAAAGUCUGGGCGAUCGCCUGCUUUGCCCCACAGAAGCAGUGCAGAGAGGAGGUGCUCAAGAACUUCACAGACCAGCUGCGCAAGAUUUCAAAGGAUGCGGGGAUGCCGAUUCAGGGCCAGCCGUGUUUCUGUAAGUAUGCCCAGGGAGCCGACAGCGUGGAACCCAUGUUCAGACACCUGAAAAACACCUACUCUGGACUUCAGCUCAUCAUUGUCAUCCUACCUGGGAAAACUCCCGUUUAUGCGGAGGUGAAGCGUGUGGGAGACACUCUGCUCGGCAUGGCCACGCAGUGUGUCCAGGUGAAAAAUGUUGUAAAAACAUCGCCUCAGACUCUCUCCAACCUCUGCCUAAAGAUCAAUGUGAAGCUGGGAGGAAUAAACAACAUCCUGGUUCCUCACCAAAGGUCUGCCGUGUUUCAGCAGCCGGUUAUCUUCCUGGGAGCAGAUGUCACGCAUCCACCAGCUGGAGAUGGCAAGAAGCCGUCUAUUACUGCUGUGGUAGGCAGUAUGGACGCCCAUCCCAGCAGAUACUGUGCCACAGUGCGUGUUCAGAGACCCCGGCAGGAAAUCAUUGAAGAUUUGUCUUACAUGGUGCGGGAGCUGCUCAUCCAGUUCUACAAGUCGACGCGCUUCAAGCCCACCAGGAUCAUUUUCUACAGAGACGGGGUUCCGGAGGGACAGCUGCCGCAGAUUCUUCACUAUGAGCUCCUGGCCAUCAGAGAUGCGUGCAUAAAGCUGGAGAAGGAUUACCAGCCUGGUAUCACCUACAUUGUGGUCCAGAAACGCCACCACACACGCCUCUUCUGUGCUGACAAAUCUGAAAGAAUUGGGAAGAGUGGCAAUAUACCUGCAGGGACUACAGUGGACACCAGCAUCACUCAUCCCUUUGAGUUUGAUUUCUACCUGUGCAGCCACGCAGGCAUACAGGGCACCAGCCGGCCGUCUCAUUAUUACGUCUUAUGGGACGACAAUCGUUUCACGGCAGAUGAGUUGCAGAUUCUAACCUACCAGUUGUGCCACACGUACGUUCGUUGUACCCGUUCCGUCUCCAUCCCUGCGCCGGCCUACUAUGCACGGCUUGUGGCCUUCCGUGCCCGCUAUCAUCUGGUGGACAAAGAACAUGACAGUGGGGAGGGCAGCCAUGUAUCGGGGCAGAGUAAUGGCCGGGACCCCCAGGCGCUGGCUAAAGCUGUUCAGAUUCACCACGACACUCUGAGGACCAUGUACUUCGCCUGAGCUUCACCAGCCAUCGUCACCUUUGUUCCCUUCCACCUCAUUUUUACCUGAGUGGGCGGAAAGCCCACUCCCGCCUCAUCCCCAUCCCUUACUCCUGACAACUACCCACUACACACACUUCCACAGACCUGCCAGCCAGUCUUCUUCAAUCCAAAAAACACAACGUCCUCCUGUAAUUACGGGCUGAGCCUGCAGCCUCAUGCACUCGAUAGGUUUUGAAUAUCAUUUUGUUGUUUUUACGUUAUCAGGACAGUUGCUUUUAUAUGUUGAUUUAAAAAAAAAAAAGUGAAUAUUAUUAUGUAAUUGUAUUGUACGCUACCUUCACACUCCUAUCAAUGUAAGUAUGCAAUAGAGAUGGGAGGAAAAAUAGGCUCUAGAAAGGGCGAAAAAAAAACUGGUUAAACUUUUUUUUUUUUUUUUUUACUACCGCCACAAUGCUGCCUCUACCCAUCCGAAAGACGGAUGCCAGUGUUCCAAGCCCCUGAGAGUGGGGAUCCUCCAGGUGGGCGGUACUGAGCAUGCACACACACACACACACACACACACAUAUACAAUUUUUAACUACUUCUUGACUUGCAUUCAUGUUUAGAUUUUUUUCUUAAAUGAUGUUAUGCUUAUUGUUUAAAAAAACAGCCUUGAAGAGUCUUGAGGUAUGGUACAUUAGCACUUAGUGUUAGCAUGUAGGUGCCACCAGUCCUGCACAUAAAGAGUUUGGUAGUCAUGCGAGGCUAUCCCUCUGGCCUUUGUAUUAGCACUGAGAAGGAGCGGGUGUAGCGACUGUAGAUGCAGGAGAGAGAUGCUGCUGCACUCUCAGUUCUGAUUGGCUAGUCCCUAGAGAUUUAGCCUAUAGACGCAAGCGUAGCGUAACACUAGAGGGACCAUUUGCAUAGAGUGUAUCAAAUAUACUUGCACCCCAUGCACCUAAACCAGCAUUAUUAACCAGCCAAAAGUGAUGCCAACCAAUGAAAAAGGGGCACAUAAACAGGAAGAUAAUCUUUUAUUUCUGUAUUCAUUGCUCUUUAAGGAUUUAUGAGGCACUUUUGUUUACUUACUGAUUUUAUUUUACAAAAUGAACUUAGAAACUUGACAAACUACUUUAAACUUUCACUCCAACACUUGCAUUGUUUUCAGAACAAAGGCAACAUGCAAGGUCAUCUAUCCUUGCAUGUUGAACUAUCCUGGACAUUUGAAAGCAGAAAAACAAAGUCUGUGAUCACUCAAGUGCUGCAAAGCUGAACACGCAUUCAGCCAGGGGCCUUGCUCUGAUCGUUCUGCACAUCAUCAUUCCUACUUGUAUCGGUGGUAGUGAAGCCACACAGUGCAUUCUAACACUUCAAAUCACAACAUUCUUGUCAUACCUGUACACACCUAUCUUCCAUCUGUCCUGCUCUUCCCACUGCAGGCAUUUACAUAUCAUUGCCUGGAAAACAAAAGCACAUGUAUCUGAGCUCUUGGUUUCUAUCUCAGCCUGUAGAGAAAAAACUAAGCCAAUGCACUUGUCUCAUCUCCCAUUCAGGCCAAACUAUCACUGCAUUGGCCUCUUCCGUCAAUCCUUCCUUGCCAAUUGCUUUCCACUUUUGGCGUUAUAGACAUUCAGCAUCCUCUGCCCCAAUCCCCUUGUCUGUGUUUGCCAAAUUUCUAUUGGUGCUCUGUGUGCAUGGGCGGCACAGACGGGGAAUUGCUCAUUGGACAGGGUGGGCCUCUAUUACUACUACUUAAUAUGCCCUGCCUUUUACAUCGUGUAGUUCUCUGGAUUUAUAGGGGAAAAAUGCAUGUAAUUAUUAUUUUUUAUUGACUGGAUAUUCUGAGCCACCUUACUUUGGUUUUCUUAGAGGUAGGAGCCUUGUGCUCGCCACUGCCUGUUAAUUGUUUUGCCUCGAUUGUGUAAUGGUUAUAAAGACUGCUAUUUUUUGUCAUUAUGAAUAUUGUGACUAUUGUCAGUGUUUCCUCAAGAGGGCACUGUGGAGACAGUCUCAAAAUUCCACCUCAGCUGCCCUUACAACGCCUCAAAUCUUGUCUGAUGGUCAGAGCCCCCUUAACUUCGAAAGGGAUUGUGAGAAAAGAGGUCAGACGAGUUUGAUUUUAAAAUCGUAUUUAUGAACUUGCAUAAUCAGAAUGCCUUUGUACGCCGUUUUACUGAUCCUUCAUUGUGUCCAAGGUGAUUUGUAUAUAUAAAUAUAUAAUAUUUACAUGUUAUAUUUUGGCCCAACACACGCGGGGCCUUUUCACUCUUGAGGCCAGUGUUUUACUGCUUAUUCUGUACUCGACAAAUACCAGUCUGGGGAUAUUUCCCGGGCACCACUUAAACCAGAUGCAGUUCUUCACUUGCCGAAGCCACAAAAGCACCUUGCAAAGGGGAGACACAAAAAUUUGCAGUCACCCUAGAAAUGUAUCGUGGACACAGGAGAGUCCGUUCCUCUCUACACAGCCUCACGGUCUGUCAAAGCAAUAUUGAAGCCACUGAUCAAGAACAGUCCUUCUCAUAGCACUUCCCAAUAGAUAUGAAUGAAAUGACAUGGAAGCAUAUUAUGUUGGCUCUGUGUGUGAUAGUAUUGGAACUCUGUUGGGGAGGGUUAUUUUUUAAUGAAAAUAAAAUUUGUUUUUUUAA